AUGGGUAGCACUGGAAGUGAUGUCUUCACUGAGAUAGGGUUUACAAAUUGGAAGAAAGGAUCCAAAAAUCUUCAAGUCCAUGAGGGAGGUGUUGGAAGUCUUCAUAAUAAAGCUGUACAACAAGCUAGAGAUUUGAUGACACAAAAACAACACAUUGAAACAUUUGUGAUUAAGCAAACCGAUGAAGCUCGCAUUAAUUAUCGUACUUUAUUGAGUGCCUCACUUGAGUGCACAAGAUGGUUGUUGGGACAAGGUUUGCCUUUUCGUGGCCAUGAUGAAUCGUUGAAAUCAAGCAAUAGGGGCAAUUAUUUGGAGCUUAUGCAAUUUCUUUCCAAGCAUAAUGAACAAGUUAGGAAGGUUGUGUUUGAGAAUGCUCCCAAGAAUCUUAAGUAUACUUCUUCCGAUAUUCAAAAAGAUCUUGUCCGUGCUUGUGCCAUUGAAACUGUAGGUGCAAUCACUAAAGAUAUGGAAGGUGCAUUUUUUUCUCUUUUGGUUGAUGGAGCAUGUGAUUCUUCAACUAAAGAGCAAAUGGCGGUGGUAUUGCGUUAUGUGAAUAAAAAAGGAGAAGCAAUUGAGAAGUUUUGGGUGUUCAACAUGUCUCAUCAACAACUAGUAGCUCGCUUGAAGAUGCCAUUGAGAGAUUCCGUGGUGGAGGUGGUUGAAUGGAUUAAAAGUGAUCGCAACCAAGAUAAUCUCGGUGAAGCAACUAGGUUAUUCAAAGACAUACAAACUUUUGAUUUUACAUUUCACCUUUUCUUGAUGAGACUUAUAUUGGGAAUUACAAAUGAGUUAUCACAAGCAUUGCAAAAGAAAGAUCAAGAUAUUGUGAAUGCAAUGGCGUUAGUGGAAGUAUGCAAGCAAAGACUACAAUCCUUGAGAGAUGAUGACUUUGGGGACUUGCUUCAUGAUGUAGAAAAGUUUUGUGAGGCUAACAUGGAGGAUUUGCAUUUCGUAUCUGGAAAAUCAAGGCGUAAAGCUCCAAAAAUCACAAAACUUCCAUUACUAUUGUGUGGACCUUUAUUUUCAAGUCCUUGA